AGAGAGAGAGAGAGAGAGAGAGAGAGGACGCUGCUAUUACUAGUGGCAAACGGCAGCGAGCACAUACAGUCUGGAGCAUCUGAUGCGACAAGAUGCUGAGCGUCGCCUUGCUGUGUGUGUGCGCCUUUGGACACGUCUGCGCUCGCUCUGACAGCGGCAAUUUUUUGGAUGAUAAGUGGCUCGCCGGGAAAUGGGACAGAUUCAGGGAUGAAGUGGAGGAGCCUGGAACAUGGACUCCACCUAAGUCCUUCGAUCAAGGCCUUGAUCCAGCCAAGGACCCCUGUCUGAAAAUCAAAUGCAGUCGCCACAAGGUGUGUGUUGCCGAGGACUAUAAGACUGCCACUUGUGUCAGCCAGAGGAGAGUUAGUUUUAGAGAUGCCAAUUUGUACCAGAGUCCAGGGUCAAAGUGCAAAACCUGCCCUGUGGUUCACCCUUCCCCUGUCUGUGGAACUGAUGGCCACACCUACUCCACCAAGUGUAAGUUGGACUAUCAGGCAUGCAUCACAGGGAAGAAGAUCGCGGUGAACUGCUCUGGCAUGUGUCCUUGCCCCUCUGAGCCUGAUCAGAGCUCUGCAGAGAAGAAAGUGUGCAGUGGGUCGGACCUGAAGGAGGUGGUGAGUCGUCUGAGAGACUGGUUCAGAGUUCUGCACGAGAACGGCAACCACAAGAGAGUGACGUUCCAGAAGCCGGAGAAGAACAAGUUUGAGGUUGGGGCAUCACCUGUUUGUAGAGACCCUCUGGGCUGGAUGUUCUCUCACCUGGAUACAAACUUUGACCUCCAGCUGGACCAAUCAGAGAUCAAGAGCCUGGACAGGAAUGAGCCGUGCUCCGACGCCUUCUUCAAAUCCUGCGACACGCAUGCCGACAAAAUUAUAACCAGCUCCGAGUGGUGCACAUGCUUCCAGAGGUACACAGAUUCUCCUUGUAAAGCAGAGUUGUCCAGUAUCAGCAAGAAGCAAGCAGGAAAGAAACUACUUGGUCAGUAUCUGCCGUCCUGUGACGAGGAGGGCUACUAUAGGUCCCAUCAGUGUCACAGCAGCAGUGGACAGUGCUGGUGUGUGGAUCGCUAUGGCAACGAGGUGGCUGGUUCACGCACCCAUGGCUCUGCAGACUGCGGCGUGAUUCUGGAGUCUUCUGGAGACUUCGGCAGCGGAGACUCACUCUUCACCGAUGACGAUGAAGAUUCCUUUGUCCUCAACGACCAGGCAGGGAUGGACGAUGAGGACGACGAAGAUGAGGACGAUGAUGACGGCAACGAUGAAUAUCUGUCGUAAUUUUUAAAAAGAGAGAGAGAGAGAGAGAGAGAGAGAGAGAGGAAGAAAACUUUUUUUUUGUCAAUCUGCACGUUUCUAGGUGACUCUCCAGGCAGAUCCUUAAUCGCACUAACAGCCUAAGGACAACUCUCUGUGUAUUGUUUGUUCAUGAGUAAAAAAAAAAAAAGAAAAAGAAAAAAGAACAUAAAAAAAUAUAUAUUCCUGGCAAAUUACCACGAUUUCUCUACCGAUUAAGUAUAAAUUUGAUUGGUUAAUGGCACUUGUUCACUUGCGUGUCAGCAACCAGAGACAAAGACUAUUUGACAACCACUUCAAUGCUUUGGAUUUGGUCACAUGUGCAAAGAGCUCUCCCUUCAUUGGACAGUCCGUGUCUUCUAGUGUGUCAGUGUCUUUGUGCAGCACUCCAACGCCUGACUGUGUUGAUGCCUGAGGUGCAAUGUUAAAGAGAUUUACCCUUCUUCAUUCCGUCAUCGCAACUCCUCAAAACCCCCUUUCUUCCUAAUCAAAUGUUCCUGUGUAGAGGUGCAAUUUCGAUGAUGUAGAUAAGAGAAUAUUGCACUCUUUAGGUUUCUUUUGAUCUUGAUUUCUAACUGUGACUGUAACUGUGUGGAAAAACAAGAUAAGAGAUAGACAUGCUUCAUUAGGAGAAAUAAGGCAAAACAAACAAACAAACACACAUGGUGUGAUCACAGCAGACAUGUGAGCAGUUUUUACAGAGGCACAAAUCAAGUGGAAUCAUCUUAAAAGGCUCAGCAACAAAGAAUCACUGCUUGGUCAGCAGUGUUGAGUGGGGGGAAAAAAAUUAAUAUGAUCUAUUUUUCUAAUCCAUAGUUGGAUGAUUACACAUGAAAGAGAUUUGUCGCAGUGCAUCUGAUACUGAACAACAGUUGUUUCAGUCUAAAGAACCAGAGGCUAAACCUUUGUUGAACUCAAAACAGGAGGGUGAAAAACUCCCUCGAGCGUCUGCAGAUGAAACGUAACUUAUAUUGCCAUAAACUGCCGGAGCCACAAAUCUGUGUGAUAAAAAAAAAAAAGUUGACUGAUCUCCAAAGCGUCGGGGAUUUUCAAAGGAGUUCAGGAGAAGACACAGCGCUUUUAACUUCUCACAAAAUUCACAAGAAAUAAAACCGCAGAGCCACGCAGACCUGGGGGAUAAAUGUUUAGGUGUGCCUUGUACUGGUUAGGACAGGUGGCAGUGAUCGUUGGAGAAGCAUGCUUACUGGACCGACUUAAGCUCCUAAUUCAUUACACUGCAGAAGAGUGGCAUUCCUGUCAAGUCUUGUGUUUUCUGGGCCUCUCUUAUUAUUAUGGUGUUAUAUAGGCCAUAUUUCAGAUCUUCUGAUUUGUUACAUAGGAUAGCUAGAAUGUAAAGAAGCACAGAGAUAAUAAGCAGUUAAGUAACCACUUAGAUUCUGCUGGAUUUGAACAUGUUUUAUAUAUUAGUGCACUGGCUAGAGGAAGCUUUGGUUAAGACAGCUUUAUAUAUACAUAUAGAUAUAUAUAUAUAUAUAUAUAAAAAAAUCAUCUUAAAGUGUUUUGCUUUUACUUUGUUUCAAAAGCUUGAUUUGUACUUGAUCUGUUUUAACUACUUGUAGUGUAUAUCUGCCAGGGUUGAAAACUGAAACUGAGAUUAUCCAGAUUUGUGUAUUCUUGAUAAAUCCUGCAGACCUGGGACCUGCUGUACUAUAUUUUCAAUUAUUGAUCUGCUGUUUCGCUUCAUUUUCAAUUGGACAUCUUUUUGGGAUGUUAAUAGCCGAAAAGUGCCAUUUAAUUGCCCAUUAUAUUAUUAUUAUUAUUAUUAUUAUUAUUGCUGCAACUUUGCUCCCUACAUUCUUUUUUAGUUUCACUUUCAAUUCACGCUAUAAGCUGGGAACCAUUUCAGUUUCUAAAAUGUGCUGUUUAGUGGGUGUGAUGACAUGCAAAUCAUUUUAAUGACCUCAAACACUGUAGCCACUCUCAACCAAUCGCACACUGUCAUCACAGCUCUGAUAGUGUUCAAAGGUUAUGAUACAGAUGCAUUUUUUACAGUGUAUGUAUGAUUUGCUGAAAUAAAAGCUAUAUUGACCAACAUA